AUGUAUGCUCUAUCCAUCGACGAUUUAACUGAAACAAAUCUUGAGGAAAUCAAACAACAUCAUGAAGAAAGAGCACAACAAAGUGGAGACGAUGAACAAUUACCAUUUCAUAACUUUACAGUAAUAGACAAUGAACUCCACAUCAUCAUCAAGAAUAAACUAGUCAGCGAGAUUGCAUUGGAACAUAUAUGGUACAUUUAG